CGGCGCGCCAGAGCACAGUACCGGCCGGGGCUGGGGCGCAUGGCGGGCAGGCGAGCAGCGGUGCGCGCUGGCGCGGCGGCGGCGGCAGCUCAACUAGCGGAGGAUCGCGGGCGGGCCGGUGCGAUGCGGUGAAGCGGGCAGGCAUGGCGGCGCCCCCGGGUGUGGUGCGGGCGGCGGCGGCGCUGCUGUGCCAGCUGGUGGUGGCCGGCUCCACGCUGGAGAUGCUGGGCGGCGCCGGGUACGAGGCGGAGCGCGGCCGGGGCGGCGGGCGCUGCCAGCCCAUCACCAUCCCCAUGUGCCAGGGCAUCGGCUACAACCUGACCCGCAUGCCCAACCUGCUGGGCCACGAGGACCAGGCCGAGGCGGCGCUCAAGCUGCAGGAGUUCGCCCCGCUGGUGGCCUACGGCUGCCACGGCCACCUGCGCUUCUUCCUGUGCUCGCUCUACGCGCCCAUGUGCACCGACCAGGUGUCCAGCAGCAUCCCCGCCUGCCGGCCCAUGUGCGAGCAGGCCCGGCAGCGCUGCGCCCCCAUCAUGGAGCACUUCCACUUUGGCUGGCCGGACUCCCUCGACUGCUCCCGCUUGCCCACCAAAAACGACCCCCACGCCCUGUGCAUGGAGGCGCCUGAGAACGCCACCACCGCCGAGCCGCACCGGGGCCAGGGCAUGCUGCCCGUGGCGCCCAGGGCCCGGCCCGCGGCUGGCGAAGGCCGCCCUGGCCCUGGCGCCGUGGGUGCUUGCAGCAAUGCCGACAAGUUCCAGUAUGUGGAGAAGAGCCUCUCGUGCGCGCCCCGGUGCUCCCCCGGCGUGGACGUGUACUGGUCACGGGAGGACAAGGACUUUGCUUUCAUCUGGAUGGCCGUCUGGGCCACGCUGUGCUUCUUCUCCACCGCCUUCACCGUCCUCACCUUCCUGCUGGACCCGCACCGCUUCCAGUAUCCCGAGCGGCCCAUCAUCUUCCUCUCCAUGUGCUACAACGUGUACUCGGUGGCCUUCAUCAUCCGCUCGGUGGCCGGGGCGGAGAACAUCGCUUGCGACCGGGAGAACGGCCAACUGUACAUCAUCCAGGAAGGGCUUGAAAGCACCGGCUGCACCAUCGUCUUCCUCAUCCUCUACUACUUCGGCAUGGCCAGCUCCCUUUGGUGGGUCAUCUUGACCUUGACGUGGUUCUUGGCUGCCGGCAAGAAAUGGGGCCACGAAGCCAUCGAAGCCCACAGCAGUUACUUCCACAUGGCCGCUUGGGGCAUCCCGGCCAUGAAGACCAUCGUCAUCCUCACCAUGAGGAAGGUGGCGGGCGACGAGCUCACGGGGCUGUGCUACGUGGGGAGCAUGGACGUCAACGCCCUGACGGGCUUCGUCCUCAUCCCGCUCUCUUGCUACCUGGUGAUCGGCACGUCCUUCAUCCUGACGGGCUUCGUCGCCCUCUUCCACAUCCGCAAGAUCAUGAAGACCGGCGGCACCAACACGGAGAAACUGGAGAAGCUCAUGGUCAAGAUCGGGGUCUUCUCCAUCCUGUACACUGUGCCAGCCACCUGCGUCAUCGUCUGCUACUUCUACGAGCGGCUGAACAUGGAUUAUUGGAACCUUCGGGCCUUGGAGCACGGAUGCUUAACCGACCGGCGCGGCGUGGACUGUUCCUUGGGCUCUUCGGUGCCCACGGUGGCCAUCUUCAUGCUCAAGAUCUUCAUGUCUUUGGUGGUGGGCAUCACCAGCGGGGUCUGGGUGUGGAGUUCCAAGACUCUUCAGACGUGGCAGAGCUUGUGCAAUAGGAAACUGGGGGUGAGGACUAGGGGAAAGCCCUGCAGCGGGGUGACCUGCCCCGGAGCCCACUGCCACUACAAAGCUCCGACGGUCAUGCUGCACAUGACCAAAACAGACCCUUACCUGGACAACCCGACGCAUGUCUGAAAGCAGGACAAACCCUACAGGGUCAUCUCUGAGGCGCAAGGGAAGAUCUUGAUUUCCCAGGAUCUGCUUCUUGGAGCAGGUGUGAACAGACGCAAACAAGGCAAUAACGGGAACAGAGAGUGGGAGGUGAUGGGAAAGUGGUAGUGGUUGCUGCAUGCAGGCGCCUGGGUCGGGGGACUCCUCUGUGACGACUUUGUCGAGGGGACCCCAAAGAUGACACUUAGCCAAGAGACUGAACCCUCCUGCGCUGUCCUGCCCCCCUCCUGUCGCUGUCUUUCCUAACAACGUCAUUUCGGGUGUCUCGGCUGCCAAAAUCCCGUAACUUUCCUCAUGUUUUAUUAUGGAGGUGGGAGAGGAUUUGUCCAAGUUUAUUUAAUUCUGUAAUUUAUUUUAGAUUUUUUUUAAAAAAAAAUGAAAAAUCAUUAGCUGGAAGAAAUGGGAAAAAAACACAAAAAUAUUCCAAUAAACCCUGCCUGUGUUAUUUCAA